AUGGAGUAUAUAUCGGCUGAUAUUGGCUCUUACAUUGGAGGAAAAGUUCACCAUUGGGAUUGGGUUGACCCAGAUUUGAUGUCCCUCUUAGAGUUAGAUGGUUUUCUAACUGACGUUGGCUACCAAGAGCAAGUGAAGACCAAGAACAUAGAAGAGUUUCGGGUUAAGAAUAACUAUUCUUACUACUAUAGAAAGGAGGGAAUGAAUAUGAAGGAAGGGCUGGUGGAGUUAAAGUCUAAUAAAGACUUACUAUCUAUGUGCAAGAUGGUGAUUGAAGGGAGAAAAUUCAUCGAGUUGUAUCUCAUUAAGAAAGAGGAUAUGGAAGGCAACCUAUCAACAACCAAUUUGAGAGCUAGUCCAAAUGCAAUGCCACAAACAAAUGAAGUAGGUGGAGGUGAUGGUGACCACUCGACAGCCAAUAUGAGCGAAAGUCCAGUCUUAAGGGAAGAUAUAGAUGAAGGAGAUGGAUCUGAUGGUGAUAGUGGCUUUAAGGAUGUUGAGAAUGAGUUCAGUGAUGAAGAGUUUGACAUAGGAGAGUUUGAAUAUGAUAAGGGCAGUCACAAUGUGAUGAUUGAUGAUGAUAUUGGUGAAGAUAUAGACACAGAUUGUGGGAAUUCAGAUGAUCUAGGAAGCUGCCAUUCGAGUGAUGACGAGGGUCGAACAAGAAAAAAUUAG